ACAAGAAAAUCAGAAAAUAAGCAGUUUCACAGUGCUUUUCUCCUUCUUUAAUGGAGGGAAGUUUUGUCUAAACUCCCACAUCCAACUUAAAUAGAAGGGACCUUCUGGCGCCAUUUGCAGAUUAACCCUUCCCUUUCAAACUUCCACCUUCUUCUUCCACCCUCUGCUACCUAGCUUCUUCUUCUUCUUCUUCCAUGGAAGAAAAGGAAAGCACCUUUUCUGGCUCACUCGGCAACUCGGACACCGACUCACCCCCACCCAACAACUCGUUCAACCACACCGCCUUCUCGUCCCCGGCGGUCAACACGGCGGUCAACGUGACCUCAGAGACCACACUAGUUGGUCCCACUGCACCAGCACCACCGCAACCAACAGCACCAACAUCACAAGUACUGGCUGCAGCAAACACAGGUGUUGGAGUCCAAGGAAAUGUUGACUUGUCUGGGAAGAAGAAGAGAGGGAGACCCAGAAAGUAUGACGCCGACGGAAACUUGAGGCCGGGCCAGACCCACAAUUCGGGUCACGUGAUUCACGUGCCGCCGCCGCCGGGGUUUUAUCUCUCGCCUGGUUCUCCCAGUCCCUCCGAGUUUUCUGCAAAGAAGGGAAGAGGAAGGCCGGCUGGAUCCGGCAACUGGCAGGUUCUUGCUUCUUUAGAAACAGCAGGUGGGGACUUCACACCACAUGUGGUUACUGUUGGGACUGGAGAGGAUGUUGCGGGGAGAAUUCUGUCAUUUUCUGAGAAGGGUCCUCGAGGGAUUUGCAUUCUCUCUGCUAAUGGAGCUGUGUCGAAUGUUACCAUUCGCCAACCUGGUUCUUCUGGCGGUAUUCUGACUUAUGAGGGGCGCUUUGAGUUGUUGUCUUUAUCGGGAUCGUUUACAGUCACUGAGAUUGGUGGUGUAAGAAGCAGGACUGGCGGCUUGAGUGUCUCAUUGGCUGGACCAGAUGGUCGUGUAAUUGGUGGUGGCAUUGCUGGUAUGCUAACAGCUGCGAGCCCUAUCCAAAUUGUGGUUGGAAGCUUUAUGCCGAAUGGGUGUAAGCCACAGAAGAAGAAGCAUUAUCGUGAGACAACAGUAGCUUCUCCAAUCUCAGGUGCACCAGAUACAGUCACCGCAGCAACACCUAUCUCGCAAGCACAACCUGAAAUUGAGACCAGGUUUACCCCAAUAGUCUCCUUAGCAGCACAAAUCCAUGAAGAAGCAGAAAAAGGCUUGAGCCAAAACCAGAACUUCAAUUUCAUACCCACCAGUGCUUCCAUUCUCAUGCCUACUAAUGCUGGUUGGAAUGCAACGGAGCUGAAGUCAGAUCAUAGGCCAUCUCCAGACAUUAAUGUAUCUGUUCCGGGUAAUUAGAGUGAUAAUUAGAGUGAUUACAGCACACCGUACGGAUUGACCAGUCAGAGAUGUGUGUGCUUGUGUAUCUUUAACUAGAAUAUCAGGUCUUUUGUUUGCAGCUUGAUGAAUGUUUCAUUACCGAGGAGACAAAUUGAGAGCAUCAACCUAAUCAUUCUUUUUAUCACAUGUUGUGGAGACUUAUUGACAAUUGAUGUUAGAACAUUUUAGCAUUAGAUUGUAAGAAAUUUGUGACAAUUGCUACCUUAAUUUUUAGUUUCACAUGUGCUUUAAUCAA